UUUAGUACUGAGAACGAUGUCACCAACUGCCGGAGGUUGACUUCUUACCUAAUAGACACUUAACAAUAAUAUUUGAAGAUAAGAAGGAAAAAAAUAAUAUAGAUGAACAGGCACUUCUUGUUUAUCUUUCAAAGACUUUUAUGUUAUAGAGAGAUACAAGGCAAAUGUCUGAUUUCCAUUAUUAUGAUUAUUAUCUCUGUCCAUCUCUCCAUCUUUAAUUUACUCAUAGAUUGAAAAUCAUUAAGCACACAAACAUGGCUGAAGCUCUUAUUGUGUCCGCUGUCACAAAACAGCUAGUUGACCUCACUUUUCAACGAACCAGAGAAGAGUUGAGCUUGGUCCAAAAUGUAGACAAAGAUCUUGCCAAACUGAAGAGCAACCUUGAAGCGAUUCAAGUUGUGCUCGAAGACGCUGAGACAAGACAGCUAGCUGAUCAAAGUGUGAGAAACUGGCUCGAUAAGCUGAAAGAUGUUACUUUCGAUAUGGAUAAUGUGCUCAAUGAGUGGAGCUCUGCCAUUCUUAUGCUGAAAAUCCAAAGAGAAGGUCAAACUGUUCCUAUUGGGACCAAGAAGAAGGUAUGCUUCUCAAUUCCUCCAGCUUUUUCUUGCUUCAAGUCUAAAGUUGAUCGAAUCGCUUUGCGUCAUGAUAUUGCUCACAAAAUCAAAGAUCUCAAUGAAAAAUUAGAUGCAAUUGCUGUUGAGAAAGAUAGGUACAAGCUUGCCACCACAACCAUCGAGCGAGCUAUUGAGCGACCAAGGACUACGUCCUUGGUCGAUGAAACUGAAAUACAUGGUCGAGAUAAUGAUGUUAACAUGUUGUUGAGCAAGUUGUUGUGCGAGGAGAAUACCAAUACAAGUAGAGGGCUAGAAGUCAUUCCUAUUGUCGGCAUGGGAGGACUUGGAAAAACCACUUUAGCGCAACUUGUAUAUAAGCAUGAAAACGUCUUGACUCACUUUGAUAAGAAAAUUUGGGUGUGCGUAUCAGAUCCUUUUGAUGAGAUAAACGUUGCCAAAGCAAUUAUUGCAGAAAUUGAGGGGAAUUCCCCAAAUGUUAAUGAAUUGGAAACUUUGGCUCAAAAGAUUCACAAGUAUGUUAAAGGAAAGAGGUUUCUUCUUGUUUUAGACGAUGUAUGGACAAAGGACAAGAGGAAGUGGGAAAAUUUGAAACAACCUCUUCAGAGUGGUGGUAAAGGAAGUAAAGUAGUUGUAACCACAAGAAAUGAGGAAGUUGCUAUUAUGAUGAGGGCAUCGAAUAAUAUAAUUUAUAUGGAACUUUUGCCGGAAGAAUUUUGUUGGGUGAUAUUUAAGCAACAUGCAUUUUCAGAACGAAGAGAAGAAGAGUGGAAACAUUUAGAGGAGAUUGGUCGAAAUAUUGCAAGGAAGAGCAAAGGGUUGCCUCUUGUAGCAAAAACACUAGGAAGUCUUAUGCGGUUUAAGAAGACUAAAACUCAAUGGGAGGAAGUACUGCAUAACGAAUUGUGGAAAACAAAAGAUGUUGAAGAAAUCUUUACUCCAUUCCUUGUAAGCUAUUUUGAUUUGUCAGCUAUAGAAAGGUGUUGUUUCUCAUACUGUGCUGUAUUUCCAAAAGAUCAUGAUAUUUACAAGGAUGUCUUGAUUGAAAUAUGGAUGUCACAAGGCUAUUUAGGUCAUGAUGGACAAAAUGCAGAGAAUGAAGGUUAUCAAUGUUUUGAAAAUUUGUGCAUGCGAUCUUUCUUUCAAAAUUUAAUAAAGGAUGAUCUUGAUGGUGGUAUUCGAAGUUGCAAGAUGCACGAUAUUGUGCAUGACUUUGCCCAAUUUUUGGUAAAGAAAGAAUGUAUCACAAUGGAAGUUUUUCCUGUUGAGAAGAAUUUAACAAUUGAUGAAAAAUCUCGUCAUGUGACCAUGUAUCAAAUUGGUGAAGAAUUGGAAGCACCAAACUACAGCAAAUCGAAUGAGAAGAAUAUUCGUAGCUUAUUUAUUGUGUCAGGUCCAAGCCUUAAUGUAGAUGGUUUAUUCUUCUCACAUAGUUCAGCGUUCUCACAGCUCAUGUGUCUGCGGACGUUAUCUUUGAUCAAUCUAUGUCAUCUUGGGAUACUAGAAGACAAUAUUGGUAAAUUAAUACAUUUGAGAUAUCUCAAUUUACAGGGGAACUACAAUUUAAAGGGAUUACCUGAAUCAAUAUGUGAUUUAUGUAAUUUACAAACUUUAAAUCUGUCAGGUUGUCGUUCAAUUAAGAGAUUACCAGAAGGAAUGGGGAAGUUGAUAAAUUUGAAGCAUUUGUAUAUAGUUGGGUGUGGCUUGGAGGGAUUGCCAAGAGGAAUUGGUCGAUUGUCAAGUCUUCGAAGGUUAGAUUGGUUGGUGGUAUCUGAGCCUAAACAAAUGUAUUCUGAUAUUGGAGAUUUGGAAAACCUUAUUAAGAACCUUCGUCGUGAGUAUAUUUGUGAUAUAAAGGGAUGCAGAUACUUGGGAAGCAUGUUUGAGAAAAAGAAAAUAAGUUUCAAGAAUAUUGGUGUGAGCAAAGAUAAUCGUUUAAACCUUGACUUUGGGGUGUUGGAAAAAAUGAGUGAAGUUGAAGAUGAUAGUGGUAUACUUGAAGCCUUAGAACCACAUCGAAACCUGAGAUCGUUAAUCAUCAAGAACUACAUUGGCCCUUGCAUGUCUCCUAGUUGGAUGUUGUCUUUAACUCAUUUACAACGAGUUCAACUUUGGAAUUGUGAUAGUUGUGAGAUCUCACCCUCUUUACAAGAACUUCAAUUUCUCGAGCAUCUAGAAAUACGUUGGAUGAAAAGUCUGAAAAAGGUGGGCGUAGAGUUUAUGAAAAAAGCUAAAAGAGAUAAAGAAGAUGAUGUUGGUUCAACAAGUCGACUAAAUUCACCAAAUUUAGUCAAUUCAUCAUUCCCAAAGCUAAAGAGUCUUUUAUUUGAUUCGUUGCCGCAGUGGGAAAAGUGGGAAGGUAGCAUGGCAGAAGCAGAGAAACAUUUUCGAGUAAUGCCCUCUCUUACUGUAUUGAAGAUUUUGAAUUGUCCUCGCCUAGAAACACUACCGGACUUACUUCGAACAAUGGUUGCACUCAAAGAAUUGAGUUUAGGCUCAUCAAUGAUACUUGAGGAAUGUUGCACAAGGAGGACGGGUAAGGAAUGGGCCAAGAUUUCUCACAUUCCAAACAUCCAUGUCAACUACAACUAUGUGCAAAAAGAUGGCCAGCUUUAUUCUCAGUCCAGGAAACUCAACCCAAAACAUAAAUAAUAAUGCCAAUUAAUUAUUGGAGGGACGUACGUAACAGCUGUGAAUUCUUGUCAUCGAUUAUGUGAGUCCCAGCCAUUAGAAAACUGUGUCAGAUUCAUAUAAUUUCCCUGGUUGUCUGUGGCCAGUGUUGCUGUACGUGAG